CCUGGCGGAGACUGGGGAAGCUGCUCCCCGUUUUGCCUGUGUCCGACAGUCACGCGGGCGCGCCUCAGCGGUUGGCGGGGAGGUGGAAAGAGACUGGUCACGAGCUACUGUAAGCGGCAGCGAGGCUGUCCCGGCGCAUGCUGGGAGCUGUAGUACUCCCGAGACUGAGACUGAACGGAACGUGCGGAGAGCAGGGUGGACAGAGACUACAGCACCCAGGCGGCUGCGCGGCGAGGGGCUGCCCACUGGGAUCAGCCCCCUCCCUCUCCCUCUUAAUACCUUCAGCGCCGUGCGUGGGGCUGCUGCUACUGCCGUCGCCGCCUUGGCUGUGCUUAGAGGUGACCCUGAGGCUAGGCAGCGACACAGCCGGACAAGCCGCUUCGCCCAGCCAUGUCUGAACCAAUUAGAGUCCUAGUGACUGGAGCUGCUGGUCAGAUCGCCUAUUCUCUGCUCUACAGCAUUGCCAAGGGAGAUGUCUUUGGCAAAGAACAGCCUCUUGUUCUUAUACUGCUGGAUAUCACUCCCAUGAUGACUGUACUGGAUGGCGUAAUGAUGGAACUACAAGACUGUGCCCUUCCGCUGCUGAGAGAGGUCAUCGCAACAGACAAGGAGGAGGUUGCAUUUAAAGAUCUUGAUAUAGCUGUUCUGGUUGGUGCCAUGCCAAGGAGAGAGGGCAUGGAGAGGAAAGAUUUACUCAAAGCAAAUGUGAAAAUUUUUAAAUCCCAGGGUGCAGCCUUGGACAAGUAUGCCAAGAAGACUGUCAAGGUUGUGGUGGUAGGAAAUCCAGCAAAUACCAACUGCUUGACUGCUUCAAAGUCAGCUCCCUCAAUACCAAAAGAAAACUUCAGCUGUCUAACUCGUUUGGACCAGAACCGAGCUAAAGCCCAGAUUGCUCUGAGACUUGGUGUAACUGCUAGUGAUGUGAAGAAUGUCAUCAUCUGGGGGAACCACUCCUCCACUCAGUACCCAGAUGUUAACCAUGCUAAGGUGAAAGUGCAAGGAAAGGAAGUUGGAGUUUAUGAAGCUGUAAAAGAUGACAGCUGGCUGAAGGGUGACUUUAUCAUGACUGUUCAGCAACGUGGUGCAGCUGUUAUUAAAGCCAGGAAGCUGUCCAGUGCAAUGUCAGCUGCCAAAGCUAUCUGUGACCAUGUGAGGGACAUGUGGUUUGGCACUCCAGAGGGGGAAUUUGUUUCCAUGGGAGUCAUUUCUGAUGGAAAUUCCUAUGGUAUCCCAGAGGAUUUGCUCUAUUCAUUCCCUGUUGUAAUCAAGGAUAAAACCUGGAAGUUUGUUGAAGGUCUUCCUAUUAAUGACUUCUCCCGAGAGAAGAUGGAUCUGACUACAAAGGAGUUGAUGGAAGAAAAGGAGACUGCUGUGGCAUUUAUUUCCAGUCCAUGACUAGCCGGUCAUCAAGGUUUAGAAAAUCCCUCAAAAGCUGAAGAGUCUAAAAGUCGUCUGUAAAUCUAGUAACCCAUGCAGUUGCUGUAUUCAAGCUUUUGUUUUGUGGCAGCCAUUCAUUUUAACGGUCACAUGCUUAUUGGUACACAUGUGCCUAUUAUCAAGAGUUCUUGGCAGUUAAACAUACAAGCGAUUCAAAAUCUGUUCUCCCCCAAAAAAACCCCAUAACUGGUCAGUAAUACAUGUUUUCUGUAUCAAAUAGAGACUAGUAAUUCAGUCUUGUUCAGAAAUUGGCACUGGUGGCAUUUGAAUUAUUAUCUCGAUCAGGGUUAACAGUCAAGUGGCUUAAUAUUAAAAGGAAGAUAAAAAUGUCAGUAGUUCUCCUUGAACUAAUACUUUCCUAUUUUAAAAAUGCAAGAAGGAAAUUAGUUGAUGGAUACAGAGCAUGUACUGUUCAUUCUGGUUAUACUUCACUGUGUUUGUAAUAGAAACAUUAAAGGAUGGUUAAUUGCACAAUGGA